UUCGUGGAUUACGGCGUGUACAAGACGAAGGGCGCGUUGAAGCUCAAGGCGGUUCGAGCGACGUUCGAGAGCGACGCGAGCGGGCGACGGAUCAUGAAACGCGCGGGAGGAGUGCUGCUGGAACUCGCGAACGCGACGGCGCCUCGACAGUACGAUUGGGGGAAUAAAGGGUCGUUCAUGCUGAGCGCGACGGAGGCGGCCGAGUUGGCGGAUAGGAUGGCGAGCAACGCGCCGUGCUCGUUCUUUCACGAUCCGGGCGCGGGGGGGGCGAAUCGAGGGAACGUGAACAAGGCGUUCAAGGUUGAACCCAUGCCCGACGGCAGCGGCGGAUUGUUUGUGAAUUUGCAGACGACGAGCGGCGGGAACAAAAGUUUCGUCUCCGUGCCCGUCUCGUACGGCGAGAGCGCGGCGCUGCGGCACAUCUUGGUCUACCUGGUCCCCAAAAUCGCCGGCUUC